UAGCAGUGAAUUUUUUUGCUGCCUCAGGUUCUAUGGGUCCAUCAUUCGCUCUGGCGGCUAUCUUUUACUGCUGUAUCCACUGUAUUUUCCUGCUAAGCUCACUAAUUUUCGAGCUGUUGCACCCCGCUCUACAGUGCUGUAGAGCGCUGGAGCAGUCCGAGAAUUCUCUACCUUGGCAAGGUGCACGUGACUCGGGAGAAGUCGCGCAGAAGAGCUGCACGACGUCAGUCUCGAUCCACACAGUUUGACGGGCUGGUCUCUGGAUCAAGUUGGAUAUAUGGAGCAUCGUCCAGUAUCUACAGGUCAAGCAGUCAAUUGCAGUGUCUAGGACGGUGCAAUCCAUUCUACGCCUCGUUUCUGCACGUGAAAUGGGUGGGAAACAACUCAAUCGAUCUUUAAGUGCCCGGAUCGAUCAUAUAGAGACUAGACUAGGAGGAGCUCCAUCCAGCCACAUGUAUGCAUUGCCUAGAGUCAAAUGGUAAUGUAAACCGAUCAGCUAUCAGAGGCUCGUAUAUCCUUGCUCAAGGUUGAACAUUUGCGCCAAAGUAUGGCCUACUACAAAAUGAAUCGAUCAAUCGUCGAGAGGUGCAAUCGGCUUCUUAUCAACUGAUACUACUUGUGAUAUCUGCCCAAGGUGUAUGCAAAGUUUCUUUAGUCGUUGCUCAUCCAACUCAUCAUGUCGUAU